AUGCCCGCCCCGCAAUACCAGGGGAACCAAGAAAAGCCAAACCCAUCCAAACCCCCAGCAACCGACACCCAUCCUCCAAAGUCCCACAACAUACAUGCACACUCGGCACCUUCGGAGCUCAACCCCUCAUUUCCCGGACAAGAUAUGCCGUACGCCCUGCAGUCUCCCAACGGCAACGCCAUACAUGAUGCCAGUCGAGAAUGGGAUAGGUGGAGGGGGCUGCUCAAAGAAAAGGCAAGACGGUCCGAAGAAGAGUCUGGUGCAACAUACACGUACACAUAUACGCACACACAGACCGCAGGUUCGCAGCCCCUCCGAGCCACCCGCGGCAAGUGCUUGGUCAAUAUCUUCUACGAGAACGGAAUGGCCGGUGAGUGGCUUCGCUUGCUUCACGGGCGUUUGUGUGGCACAAGGCGAGUUCGAGAACAACCGUUGGCGGGGCGGGGUGCACAACAGAGAGAGCCGGAUGAGGAGUGCAGGCGCUUUUGGGCGUCUUUACCGGGGCGGUGGAAAUUCUCCGAACGGGAUCCUUUUGGGAGGUGGGCCGGUGUCGCGUUACGGGUUUCAGUGUUUGGGCCCAAGGGCAAUGUAUCCGUCUUGUCUCGGAGGCUUGCGAAUUGUUACUUCCAGGCUCUCUCCCUUGUGGCGAUGGCAUCACCAGAUCAGAGAAUGCUCAAGGCUCUUCACGACAAUUGUCUGCAGCUAAUGGGCGGUGAGUAUCGGAUGCUUGUUCAGAAUGCCGAGAAUGACGGCUGGGGAUGUCUCAGAUAUUGGCUUGGUAGGCGUGAUGCGGCGUUACGACGAAGGCGGCCCGAGAAGCCCUGCGCUCAAAUCAAUUAUUGCAGUCGUUCACUAUCGGUACAUUGCCAGUUGUUCAGUGUGGAGCCGUUGUCCCACCCGUCAGGGCUGCUUUUACGGUCUGUCUCCUCUCGCAGAACUGUGGACGCUGGGAGAGCGCAGAAUCACAUGUGGCCAGGCGAUGCAAUCGCCUUCAAUUUGGUGUUUGUAUUCGUUUUUUCAAGAGGAGCCGCUGCGAGGCAAGAAUGGAAUACAGAUAUGAUGCUCAAAAUCCGAAAUGGACGUGUACAGUAUGCAGACAUGGGGAGGCAUGAGAAGCGAUAG